UUAAAAUGGCAAGAAAACUAACACCUUGUAUUCUAUUCAUCAUCCUCCUCCCUCUCAUCUCUUGCACCACCUUCUCCUUCACCUCUUUCUCACCCAAUGAUAAAUCCAUCAUCAUCUCCAACGGUACCACCAUUUCUGAAAGCUCUAUAAGGCUAACUAGCAGCGAGUUCGGCAGCAACAACGUGUUCAACGGCACUGGCAGAGCUCAGUACUCGGACCUCAUCCAACUCUAUAAAACUUCCACCAAUUCUACCACCAACUUCACCACCUACUUUCAGUUCUCCAUUUUAUUCACUAGCAAUAACUACAACACAUCUUCCGGAGGUUUUGCCUUUUUCUUAUCGGCGGAGAACUCCGAAGUGCCGAACAACUUUGCCGGUGGAUACCUCGGUCUCUUCAACGAAACCAUUGAUGGAGAUCCUUCAAAUCACAUGCUUGCUGUGGAGUUUGACACUUACAAGAAUCAAUGGGAUCCAAGCAACAACCAUGUUGGUAUUAAUGUGAAUUCUAUUGUCUCCAAGGUUAACAAAACUUGGAGCAACACAAUGACUAGUGGCGAUACUUUAGCUGCCACUGUUUCAUAUUUGGAGAGCUCCAAAACUUUAAGUGUUCACUUGAAGGAUCCUCAAGUGCCAGUAGACACUGGCUCACUUAACCUUUCAUAUAAGGUUGAUUUGAAAGAGUUUUUGCCAGAGAAGGUGGUGGUCGGCUUCUCGGCCUCCACUGGUAAUGCCGUUGUUGUCCAGAAGGUAACCAUGUGGAACUUUACUUCGAGCUUGAAUGAUAAAAAUAAUUAUGAAAAUAUUGUAAAGUCAAAGAAGUCAUGGCAAAUUGGUCUUGAAAUAGCUGCAGGAGUCCUUUUACUCUUGUUCAUUUAUCUUUGCUAUAGCUGUUAUAGAAGCAGAUGUCAUAAAGCCAAUACGGAAGAAGAUGAAGAUGAAGAAGAAGAAGAGAAUGAUCUUGAGGAUGAAUCUAUGCAUGAGUACUUCACAAGAGGGACAGGACCAAAGAGAUUCAACUACAAAGAACUAGCUUUAGCAACAAACAACUUCUCUGAGGAAGGAAAGCUAGGACAAGGAGGGUUCGGUGAAGUGUACAAAGGUUUCUUAACUUCUUUAAACAUGGAAGUUGCAGUAAAAAAAAUCUCAAAAAGAUCAAAACAAGGGAGGAAAGAAUAUGUAUCAGAAGUUACAAUAAUAAGCAAGUUGAGACACCAAAAUCUGGUUCAACUUAUGGGUUGGAGCCAUGGAAGAGGAGAAUUCCUCCUUGUCUAUGAGUUCAUGUCGAAAGGUAGCCUUGACACACAUCUUUUUUCUAACAAGAGCUGCCUGCCAUGGCAAGUCAGGUACAAAAUAAGUAUAGGUUUGGCAUCUGCGUUGCUAUAUCUGCAUGAAGAAUGGGAGCAGUGUGUAGUGCAUAGAGAUAUCAAGUCAAGUAAUGUAAUGUUGGAUUCUGAGUUCAAUGCUAGGCUUGGAGAUUUAUGUCUAGCUCGAUUGGGUGAUCAUGAACGAGGACUGCAGACGACAACGGUGGCAGGGACAUGGGGGUACUUGGCACCAGAGUGCUUCAUUACUAAUAAGGCAAGCAAGGAGUCGGAUGUGUAUAGCUUUGGAGUUGUGGCAUUGGAGAUAGCUUGUGGGAGAAGAGCAGUGGAGCAUAACAAUGAAGAAGAUGAGGUUUCAUUGGUGGACUGGGUUUGGAGGUUGAAUGGGGAAGGGAGGGUUUUGGAGGGAGUGGAUAGGAGUUUGGGAAGUGAAUUUGAGAUGAAGGAGAUGAAGAGGUUGAUUGUUGUGGGGUUAUGGUGUGUCCAUCCUGACUAUGAGAAAAGGCCUACAAUGAGGGAGGUGGUCUUGGCUCUUGGGUUUCAAGGGCUUGUGCCAGAGAUUCCUAAGAAGAGGCCUAUGCCAGUGUUUCCCAAUGUUGGGGUUGCUUUGGCUGUUGAUUCUUCUCAUGCUAAUACCCUUUCCAUUACUUGUACUAGUAUUGUUUCUGGUAGAUAAUU